AUGAACUUAACUGAUUCUCAUUUUAGUAGUGGAAUAAAUUACAAUCAAGUUGGCUUAGUUUUAAACUCAGUUGAUUCUAACAUUAAUAUUAACGGAAGUAGCUUUUAAGAACUAAAUUCUGUUAGUGCUUCAGCAAUCCUUCACAAAUCUUCAUUUGAAGAAAUGGUUGUCUAUAACUUAUCAAUAAUUUCUAGCAAUUUCAGUGAUUGUUAUGCACGAGAUAAAGGAGGCUUCAUAUCUAGUGAUUCCUCGAAUAUGCUAAUUAGGUAAUCAAAUUUAUAAAAUGGAAAAGCAGAACAAAUUGGAGGUGCAAUUUAUCUUAAAUGCUCUCGAUCAAGCUCGUUAAAUAAUUACUUUACAAAUAAUAAGGCAAUAUAUGGAAAUGAUAUUGCAUCCUAUAGCUACAAACUUAAAAUCUUAAACACAGAUAUCAGUUUUCUCAGAAAUCUUGCAAGUGGAGGCUUACUUAAAGCGAAUUCCUUAAAAUUAGGUUUGUUUGAUUAAGAUGAACAACUAGUAAAUCUUGAUAAUUCAAGUUCAUUAUAAUUAUCCUCAGGAAGCGAAAGCCUAUCUAUUAAGGCAUUUACACUCAAUGGAAUAAAUUAAGAAAGAAUCAAGUUGUUUGAACCAAGAUUUGAUUCAACAUUAAUAAUAGACAUAAAAUUCAGAGAAUGCUUGACAGGAGAGGUUUUGAUUUAAAAUAAGUGCUAGUUCUGUACAAGGGGCACUUAUUCUCUUUCUAUCAAUGAUAUAACUUGCAAUUCAUGCCCUGCCAAAAUGAGAUGCGAUGGAGGAAGUGUAAUUUAAGUUGAUAAAAACUAUUGGAGAAGCAGUCAAAAUACUACAACUAUUUUCCAAUGUCCUAAAGUUGGUGUGUGUUAGUAAGUUUGCUAGUCAUUUAAUUUUUCAGAGGAGGCUACAACUCAGAGUGCAUUUUAGGGUAUUAAGGAAAAUUGUGCACUGAGUGCUCCAAAUAUCUUGAUGGAGAUUACUAUGCUAGAAGUGGUCAGUAUGCUCACUCAUCAGAAAGCCUAACAGAAAUAAUCUUUAAACCCUUUUGAUGCGCAUCCUUACAAAUUACUUUUAGAUUCUAAUGAUGAAUAUUUCUCAAUUGGUGGAUAAGGCUUCUCAUAGGUCUUGUCAUUCGAAUGCUUUCUUAAAAGUUCAGGAUUAGAUAGUACCAUAAAGCAAGUUUACUUAUUUGUUAUACUAAACGGAAUACUUCCAAUUAUUUUAAGUAACAGUUUUUCUUUGUUUAGUUGUGUUUAAAUGGAUGAUGGUAAACAGUAUCUUAGAUCUGAUAUGAGUAUUGAAUGCUGGACUCAAGAACACAAAAAUUUCUCUUUGCCAAUAUCUCUUCCAUUUAUAUUAGUUUGGGCUAUUUGCUUUCCAGUAUUUAUCACUCUUCAAUUGAUGAGAAAUAGAAAAAGUCUAUCUGAAGCAAAAUUAAUAAAAUAAUAUGGUUUGUUUUAUAGUGGUCUUAAUGAUAAGAACUUUUAUUGGGAAUUGGCCUAUGUGAAUGGAAAGAAACUGAUAUUUAUAUCUUUUUCCUCUGUACUUUCGACUUUUGAUCCAUUUUAUAGAAUUUCGAUACUUAUUGGAGGAAUCAUUUUCAUAGAUACUGAUUCUGAUAAAAAUGAAAAUUUUCAAGUGGCUAUGCUAGUAUUUAUAUUAGCUUCUAAUAUCCUAUUUGUGUCUUAUUGGAUGUCUUGUUUCCUCAGGAUAAUAAUCAAGAACAAUAUUGCUUUUAUAAAGAAGCGACUUGGAAUAAUGAAGUUUUAUAAAACUAAAAAUAAUACGGAGCUGAAAUAAUUGCAUGCAUUAAGAGCAAAUGAAAAAUAAGGUAAAUAAAAAGUUAAAGUAAAGAUUGGAAAUAUGAGUUAUAAAGACCUAUAUGAUUAGUAGUAAAAUAAUGGUAAUUUUCACUAGUCGUAGUACGAAUAGCUAAAUGAUUUAUCUUCAACUACUGUAAGAGAUUAUUAAUAGAGCAUAGAUCAUCCAACUACAAUUGGAAAUAAAAUUCAAAGCGUUAGAGAGUUAAAUACCUUCGAAGUCACGAAUUAUCAUUGA